AUGAUUGCUGAUGCAUUCGAGGCUGCUUAUAAGAAACUUAUUGAUUAUUCAAUAGCGCUUGAUAUCUUACAGUAUCUGAAAUAUGAGGAGGAGUACUUACCAUGGAGUACAGCAAUGCAGAAACUUGAAAGUAUGAGCGAAAUGGGUGACUUUUUCAAAGGCAGGGAAGGUUCGACCUCGUACAAAGUUGAGAUUGCUAACAAAAUUUUUUCCGAUUACGUGAUGAACCUCCUUAGACAUGUAUAUAAACGCAGUUUUUUCGAAGAUGUAGCAAUUCAAAGUAACGAAGAGGAUUACAUUCUCAAAAGUGCCGCUUUCGAAAACAUCAUACGUCAUAUGAAAUUUGUAGACAUGGGAGUGAAGGUCGACGGUCGCUACCUACAUCACCUUCGCUUUGCAGACGACAUCGUGCUUAUAACACUCAACAUCGAGCAGGCGUGA